AUGGCCGAGUCCCAGCUGGGCUGCCUGGACGAGGCCCACGUGAACGAGCGGGUGACCGAGGCGCAGGCCGCCUUCUACUACUGCGAGCGGCGGCGGGCCGCGCUGGAGGCGCUGCUGGGCGGCGGCGAGCUAGCCUACCGCGAGCGGGUCAAGAAGGAACGGCUGCGGGACUUCUUGUCCAGCCAGGAGCGCCAGGACCUCCGUGCCUCCUGGAGCCCCUAUGAGGACCCCGCCCCUCACGCCGGCCCCACCAACCGGGGCAAGAGUAAGGCCAAGGCCAAGGCCCAGGCCCUGCCGCAGGCCCCAGCCGAACCCGGCGAGUCCCUGGCCUAUUGGCCCGACCGCUCCGACACCGAGGUGCCCCCGCUGGACCUGGGCUGGACCGACACCGGCUUUUACCGCGGCGUGAGUCGUGUCACCCUCUUCACCCACCCCCCCAAGGAGGAGAAGGCGCCCCACCUCAAGCAGGUGGUCAGGCAGAUGAUCCAACAGGCCCAGAAGGUCAUCGCUGUGGUCAUGGACCUCUUCACCGAUGGCGAUAUCUUCCAAGACAUUGUGGAUGCUGCCUUUAAGCGCCGGGUCCCCGUGUACAUCAUCCUGGACGAGGCAGGCGUGAAGUGCUUCCUGGAGAUGUGCCAGGGCCUGGAGCUCGCCGACUUCCGCGUCCGGAACAUCCGUGUCCGUUCUGUGACAGGCGUUGGCUUCUACAUGCCCAUGGGCAAGAUCAAGGGGACUCUGUCAUCCAGGUUCUUAAUGGUAGAUGGUGAAAAAGUAGCCACAGGAUCUUACAGGUUCACCUGGAGUGCCUCCUACAUGGACAGGAACCUCCUCCUCCUCCUGACAGGGCAGAACGUGGAGCCCUUCGACGUGGAGUUCCGGGAACUGUACGCCAUCUCUGAGGAGGUGAACUUGUACCAGCUGCUGGGCCUGGCGGGGGGUGCAGGCAGGAGCGGACUUCACUCCUCCACGGUGGCUCGCAAACUUAUCAACCCCAAGUACGCCCUGGUGGCCGGCAGCCGCCCCCCGCCAGGGGAGAUGAUGCGCUGGGCUGCCCGGCAGCAGCGGGAGGCUGGCGGCAGCCCAGAGGGGCAGGAGGAGGGCAGCAGAGGCGAGUCCGCCCGGCGACUGGAGAGCUUCCUGAACGACUUGUUCACGCUGGAGCAGGUGCUGCCCCCUGUGGAGCCCAUACCCUCGGGAGAGCUGAAAGAGCUGAAUCGCAAGGAUGUCAAGAUGGUCUCUCACCUGCAUGUGGACCUCAAGCCCCGAGAGGCACUUGCCCGAAAUGGCAAGGGAGAAGCUGCCAACGGGGAGGCCGCCCCAGCCAGGGAGGUCAAGCGCUUUAGCUACAGGGUCUUCAGUCGCCGGGCCAAGAGGCCUGCAGCGCCCAACGGCACGUCCAGCUCCCUCUCCACUGAGUGCUUUCCUGAAAUGGAGUUUAUAGCAGGAAAGCGGCCCAACGACAGCUCUGGUACUGCCGCCUCAGGUAAAACAAGUCCCAGCCCUGCCAAGACCAGCAAUUGUGUGAUUUCCUGA